AUGGAAUUCUUCGAGGAUGCGCUCAAAAUUUACAUCAUUCAUCAAAAGAAUGAUCAGGAAGGAGAUCGACCACGGGAUGGGAAACACAUCUACGCCAAUCCUUUAAAUCCAGACAUCUGCCCCUUGCUGGCCCUUGGCAUUUACUGGUGUUGCUUUGGAAUGAACGAUAAUGGACAUGGAAAGCUAUUCCCGGGCAAUAAUCAGUUCGACCGUUUCAGCAAAAUCAUCACCAGGUUCCGCAACAACGAAAAUCUGAAAGAUGCCUUCAAAUUCCUGGGAAUAGACAUACAAAAUAUCGGGUCACACAGUGUAAGAAAAGGAUCCGCUACUUAUUGUUCCGGUGGAAGUCCAGAUGGUCCAAGAUAUGUUCCUCUGAGUAAUAGGUGA